GUCCAGCCAGCUGGGAUGCUGCGGCUGCUGCUGCUGGGGCUUUGGGGGCCGCUCGGUGCCCUGGCCCAGGGCGCUCCGGAGGGGACCGCGCCGACCCAGGACGUGGUAGACUUGGAGUUUUAUACCAAGCGGCUGCUCCAAAACGUGAGUCCCUCGUUCCUGUCCAUCACCAUCGAUGCCAGCCUGGCCACCGACCCGCGGUUCCUCACCUUCCUGGGCUCUCCACGGCUCCGAGCUCUGGCUAGAGGCUUAUCUCCUGCAUACUUGAGAUUUGGUGGCACCAAGACUGACUUCCUUAUUUUUGAUCCUGACAAGGAACCGACCUUCGAAGAAAGAAGUUACUGGCAAUCUCAAGUUGACCAUGAUAUGUGCAGGUCUGAGGCGGUCUCUGCUGACGUGCUGAGGAAACUCCAGGUGGAAUGGCCCUUCCAGGAGCUGUUGCUGCUCCGAGAACAAUACCAAAAACAGUUCAAGAACAGCACCUACUCAAGGAGCUCAGUGGACAUGCUCUACAGUUUCGCUAAGUGCUCGAGGUUAGACCUGAUCUUUGGUCUCAAUGCUUUACUACGAACCCCAGACUUACGGUGGAAUAGCUCCAAUGCCCAACUUCUCCUCAACUACUGCUCUGCCAAGGGUUACAACAUCUCCUGGGAACUGGGCAACGAGCCCAACAGUUUCUGGAAGAAAGCUCACAUUCUUGUCGAUGGGUUGCAGUUAGGAGAAGAUUUUGUGGAGUUGCAUAAACUUCUACAAAGGUCAGCUUUCCAAAAUGCAAAACUCUAUGGUCCUGACAUUGGUCAGCCUCGCGGGAAGACAGUUAAGCUGCUGAGAAGUUUCCUGAAGGCUGGCGGAGAAGUGAUCGAUUCUCUUACGUGGCAUCACUACUACUUGAAUGGCCGUGUUGCUACCAAAGAAGAUUUUCUGAGCUCCGAUGUGCUGGACACUUUUAUUCCAUCUGUGAAAAAAAUUCUCAAGGUAACUAAGGAGAUGACACCCGGCAAGAAGGUCUGGUUGGGAGAGACGAGCUCUGCGUACGGCGGCGGGGCGCCCUUGCUGUCCAACACCUUUGCAGCCGGCUUUAUGUGGCUGGACAAACUGGGCCUGUCAGCCCAGAUGGGCAUAGAGGUCGUGAUGAGGCAGGUGUUCUUCGGAGCGGGCAACUACCACCUAGUGGAUGAAAACUUCGAGCCCUUACCGGAUUACUGGCUCUCUCUCCUGUUCAAGAAAUUGGUAGGUCCCAAGGUGUUAAUGUCAAGAGUGAGAGGCCCGGACGGAAGCAAACUCCGAGUGUAUCUCCACUGCACUAACGCUGAUCACCCAAGAUAUCAAGAAGGAGAUCUCACUCUGUAUGUCUUGAACCUCCAUAAUGUCACCAAGCACUUGAAGUUACCGUCUCCGUUGUUCAGCAGACCAGUGGAUAAGUACCUUCUGAAGCCUUCUGGGCCUGAGGCAUUACUUUCCAAAUCUGUGCAACUGAACGGUCAAACCCUGAAGAUGGUGGAUGAGCAGACCCUGCCAGCUCUAACAGAAAAGCCUCUCCCCGCGGGAAGCUCACUAAGCGUGCCUGCCUUUUCCUAUGGGUUCUUUGUCAUAAGAAAUGCCAAAAUCGCUGCUUGUGUAUGAAAAUAAAAGGCAUGCAGUACCCCGGGACGAAAGCGGUCAGGGCUGUCAUUCAUAAGAGUAAACCAGAACCCCAGCUGUAGGAGGCUGACUCCUGGUCAACUUCCAGAGCCUCUGGAGGGCGGGGAAGGCUUCAGUGCUAGAUCGGAGCCUUGAAAAGGCGGGGCACGCUUCAGCGGUACAUCCAGUGUGGUGUUCUCCUCUAAGUAGACCACUGCAGGUGGUGAGAGUUAAUGACAAAUGACACUUAGCACUUUGCAUGCACUAUUUUGGGGGGGUUAUUAAAAACGUAUAGGAAUGCCUCCAAUAAUUGUCAAAUACGACCUUUAGGAGCCUCUCUGUAGCUCCAGUGGGGGAAGGCACAUUGCCAUAAAGCCACACUGGCUGUAGAAGGACACCUGCUCACAUUCUUAGAGGAACUAAAACAGAGAAAUGGCCCCUGUGCCUCUUCUCCUUGUUCUUCAUGAGUCUGGGAAAGGACAGGUGGCUUGGUAGAGCGGUAUUAAACAAAGACAAACAAAAGACCAGUCACAGCUGUGAGGGAAGGGAUGCAGACGGUUUGGAAAUGGCUGUAAAGGAGCCAGUUGGCUGAUUGGGAGAAGUUUCCAGAAACACCUGACGUCGUCCUCCAUUGGUGUUUACUUUUUCUACACCAGUAGUUGUUGCUUUGCUUGGAAAGCUCUGGCCUAUUAAGAACAGAAACCUCUAAAUGAGGAGAUUUAUAAGCCUACAUAAGAAAUUGUUGAAGUGAGGUACGGUCCAAUCUUUCUCCCUCUCUGUCCUGAUGUCUGUGGUACUGGCUCCCUGCUUGGCCUGGUCACAUGAUAGCUGCAACUUGUCUAUAGAUUCAUUGAGACCUGGCAGUAACCAGAGGAAGAAGAUGAGUGUUCCUCACAGACCUGAAGAGCUCUUUCUUGGAGGUUCUCCCGGCAAGCCUUUCCUCGAGUCUCCUCAAGUCUCCCUGGCCACGGAUAGGUCUGUGGUCAUUUCUAUCACUGUCCAUGAGCAGCAAUGCCUGUGACUGUCUUCAAGCAAUACUCCCUUCGGGCAGAGAGGUUUGGUGGAGUCCACAGCACUAGACAUUUGCUUUUGAUCUGUGGUUUCGAUUAAAUAAAAAAAUGUAAUUCCCCCCCUAGGAUUUUAAUCCUCUUAAGGACUGCAAUUCUAUAUGUUUGUGCCUGCUAUGAGUGUCAUCUCAAUUGAAUCUAGUAUGUUGAUGAAGCUAGAACCUAAAGUUUGUAUGCUUCAGUACUCUCAAUUUUAUGCAAAUAAGUUUUUCUAUUUCCACAUUUGAAAUAAACUAAUUUUAUAGCCUUAA